AACAAAAAUCUUUUAUCUUCAAUGUCCCAAAGACCACCUGUCCCAUAAAGUAAUAUUAACAUCUAUAUUCUUAGAUUAAGCUCCUCAACCAUAAUAAUACCCAUCUGCUCCAUAAUAUGCUCCUUAAUAUGCUCCAUAAUAUGCUCCAACAUUAGCCCCAUAAUAUGCUCCUUUACCAACAUAUCUUCCAUAGCAAUAUGCUCCUGCUCCUAUCGCACCACUAACAUACAGUGUUGCCAGACCUGUUGCUCCAGUUGUUGCUCAACCAGUUGUUGCUUAACCAGUUGUUGCUUAACCAGUUGUUCAAGCCCCUGUUUUGUAAUAAUCAGUUAUUGCUCAACCAGUCGUUUAAUAACCAGUCCAUGUAAGUAUAUUCAAAUCUAGAUUUUAAGGCAACAAUUAAAGGAGAAUCAAGAAUCGAAUAUAUUCCUUAUUAAAAGGCUGUUAUGGAAUACGAAGAAUAAGAAGUCGUUUAAUAUGUUCCAAGAGAAAAGAAAGUCACAGAUUAUUAUGCAGUUGAAUAUUAGACCGAAUAUGUCCCAUAAGUCUUCUAAGAAAAAUACACAGGUAUUAACUAUAACUAAUUAUUUAGAGUACGUACCAGUUGACAGAUAUUAAGAAAGAGUUGAAUACUACCCAGUUGAAAGAUAAGUUGUUCAUGUAUAAAAUUUACAUAAUACUUUAGCAAUAAGUUGUUUAACAACCAGUUGUUCAAUAAGUAGUCUAACAACCAGUUGUUCAAUAAGUAGUCCAACAACCAGUCGUUCAAUAAGUCGUUCCUCAACCAGUUGUUCAAUAAGUUGUUUAAUAACCUCUCAGUGUUGUUCAACCAGUCUAAACUGUCCCAGUGACAUAUGCACCAUAAUAUGCUGCCCCAAUCGUCUCAUCAAGAGUUAUUCCAUCAUACCCAUAAUAUCCAUCAUAUCCUUAAUAUCAAUAGGCUCCCUAAUAAUAAGCUUAGCCAUAAUAACCCCCAAGAUCAAAUUUGAAUGUUCAUUGAAACAAUAAGUGCACAUCAAUCAAUUAUAUUGUUAUUAUCAAAUUUCAAAUAAAC